GUGAUGUGUUGCGCAGUGUUUGCAGAGAUCGUCGCAUAGAGUGAGCGAACAGUAAAUAUCAGUUUUCAUAGAGUGGUUGAGUCAGACAUUUGUUGUGUUUACGAUUGAUUUGCUAAACACUAGAUAUUAUUAGUUAAUAAUAGUUACCAGUAAUAGUGUUGACACAUGUAUUCAGCGGCAGAGAACGGACAGUACGGCGCCGACACAUACGAGGGCGAGGGCUUUGGCUCCAGUUUCGGCACUAAAGCCAUACGUCUGGCAUUCAUACGCAAAGUCUAUGGCAUACUAUCCGUGCAAUUGUUGGUGUCGUUUGGUUUCAUCUGUGUCUUCGCCAUACCUGGUGUGGCGAUGGCCACGAUGUUGGUGUUGGCCUGUUGUGGGGAAAUGCGUCGGCAAACGCCGCACAACUACAUAGCGCUCAUGAUAUUCACGAUCGCCGAGUCGUUCCUAUUGGGCAUAAUCUCGUCGCUAUACAAGUAUGAGAUCGUAUUGUCUGCGGUGGCCAUCACUGCCGUCGUGUGUCUGGCGCUGACGGUCUUCGCCUUUCAGACCAAAAUCGAUUUCACAGUAUUCAACGGCCUAUUAUUCGUCGGCGUUAUUAUCCUAAUGCUAUUCGGCUUUGUGUUGAUGUUCUGGCGCUCGUCAGUCGCCCAACUCGUCUACUCAGCGCUCGGAGCCCUACUUUUCUCAGCGUACCUGGUGGUGGACACCCAGAUGUUGAUCGGCGGCACUCAUAGCAUACAGAUCUCGCAGGAAGAGUACAUAUUCGCAGCCCUAACCCUUUACAUCGAUAUCGUUCAGCUCUUU